AUGUCAGCAGCCAAGUUGUUAUCUGAAUCUGGACUUAGUGUUGUGGUUUUAGAAGCUCGUGACAGAGUUGGGGGACGAACGUUCACAGUUAGAAACAAGCAAGUGAACUAUGUAGACGUUGGUGGAGCUUAUGUAGGACCUACUCAGAAUCGAAUUCUGCGACUGGCCAAAGAACUUGGCAUAGAAACAUACAAAGUGGAUGUGGUUAAGAGGAGUAUCCUGCAUAUAAAUGGAAAAUCCUACCCAUUUUUGGGUGCCUUUCCUUCAAUACGGAAUCCUUUAGUGUAUCUGGAUUUUAACAACUUUUGGAGGACCAUGGAUGAAAUGGGGAAAGAGAUUCCUGCUGAAGCACCCUGGGAUGCCCAGCAUGCUGAAGAAUGGGACAAAAUGUCCAUGAAACAACUAAUUGACAAAAUUUGCUGGACAAAAGCUACCAGAGAUUUUGCUUAUCUCUUUGUGAACAUCAAUGUCACCUCUGAACCACAUGAGGUCUGUGCUCUCUGGUUCCUGUGGUACGUCAAGCAGUGUGGAGGAACAACCAGGAUCUUCUCUGUAAGCAACGGUGGACAGGAGAGGAAGUUUGUUGGGGGCUCUGGACAAAUUACAGAGAGGAUAAUGGAACAACUCAAAGGCAAAGUUAAGCUGGAGAGACCUGUUGUCCACAUUGAUCAGUCAGGUGAUAAUGUCAUUGUGGAGACAUUAAACCAUGAGAUAUAUGAGGCCAGUUAUGUGAUAAGUGCUAUACCUCCAAGCCUAACCCUAAAAAUCCAUUACAAUCCAGAAUUGCCAUCAAAAAGAAACCAGUUAAUCCAGCGACUUCCAAUGGGCUCUGUUGUUAAGUGUAUGAUGUACUACAAAGAAGCUUUCUGGAAGAACAUGGAUUUCUGUGGCUGCAUGAUGAUUGAGGAUGAAGAGGCUCCAAUUUCAAUAACCUUGGAUGACUGUAAACCUGAUGGAUCUGUGCCUGCCAUUAUGGGCUUUAUCCUUUCAAGAAAAGCCUUUAGACUUGCAAGUCUUGGUGUCGAGGAGAGAAAGAGAAAAAUCUGUGAAUUAUAUGCAAAAGUAUUGGGAUCAGAAGAAGCUUUACACCCAGUGCACUAUGAAGAAAAAAACUGGAGUGCAGAGCAAUAUUCUGGUGGCUGCUAUACGGCCUAUUUUCCACCUGGCAUUAUGUCCCAAUAUGGAAGGAUAAUUCGUGAGCCAGUUGGUAAGAUCUACUUUGCUGGCACUGAAACAGCUAGCGAAUGGAGCGGCUACAUGGAAGGGGCAGUGCAGGCUGGAGAGAGAGCAGCCAGAGAGAUAUUAUGUAGCAUGGGGAAGAUUUCAAAGAAUGAAAUUUGGGUAAUGGAACCAGAAUCAAAGGAUGUCCCAGCUCAACCAAUCACUACAACAUUUUUGGAAAGAAACUUGCCAUCUGUGCAAGGACUGUUGAGAUUUCUUCAGUUUUCCUCUUUCUUCACUUCAGUGGCUGCAGUUGGCUUCUUUGCUUUUAAGAAGGGGCUGAUCUUUCAGAAGUGUGCCUAAAGCAACAGUUUAAAUCUUUGC